AUCGUUUAAUAGGAUCAAAACACAACUUCUGCGAUUGUGUCUUAUUAUUCAGUGUAUCUCUUUGUUAUGAUUGUGCUAAUAAUUUUAAACUUUUAAAUUUGUUUCUCCUAUUAACCAUUAUUUGCUACGAAGAUCACUUAUUUUGCCAGAAUUUUAGAACUGUGUUUCUAUAUUUCCCUCUUUUCAUCCGAGUAAAAUAUUUUCAUACAUUGAAAUGGGGGAAAUCAUUGUAACUGCUUGAGUUGUCAUGCGACCGUUCGACGAUCGUGAAUUUCUUGAAACUUGUGAAAGGUCUUUUUUUGUAUUUUGUUAUUGUAAAUGUGGAAAAAUGGAUGAUAGAAAAUAACUCCAUUUGUAGACAAUACAACUCAAAAAACAUUUGAGUUACGUUUAAUUUCAUGGAUCAAGAACUGGAUCAAACUCUUUUGUCAACUACUGAAAAAACUCCUCUUUUUAAUCAUAGAUUAUUGUCUGAUAUGUGGCCAUUUCAUCAAUCUAGGUGGCAUGACUUACAAAUAAAUGGGACUUCUGCGCCAAUUAUUGAAGAAAAUAUAUGUAAAUUGGUUUUAUACAAAGAAAUUUUAAAUACAAGAAUUAGAAUUUGGGAUCUGUCAAUUUUGAUCCCUAACAUACUGUUCUUGCUUUUUAUGCUUGCAAGAUGUAAUAGAGCACGCUUGAAGUUGCGAGCAACAAACAGUCCAAUAUUUUCUACUUUUUACAUUCUGGUUGCAAUAAAUGCUGCUGUUAGUAUAUUACGUUGUGUUGUUGCAAUGACAGUCAAUGCUGCAGUUCCCAUUGGAGACAUAACUGAUAAAGUACUGUGGGUUGUUGUUCGUUGCUUUCUACUAGCAACAGAAAUUAGUGUACUGAUUUUCGGUCUAGCAUUUGGUCAUUUGGAUAGUCAAACAAGUAUAAGAAGGAUACUUUUUGUAACUUCACUUUUGUCAUUUAUUUAUUCUGGUAUUCAGGGUGCUCUUGAAAUUACUGUUACUGAUGAUUUUCAAACUCUGACUACUAACAAAGGGCUAUUCAAACAUGGAUCAAUGCUAUUUUGGUUCAUCAGUUCAGUUAUCUUCAGUGUGGUGUACAUAACAGUUUUAAUUUUACCCUGGACUAGAUUACGUGAAAGACUUGCUCUUCCUUCCAAGCCAUCAUUUUAUUGGUACAUCUUAUUUUUGGAUUUACUGAACAUAGCUCAGGCUGUUGGAAGUGGACUACUGUACUACAGAGAUGAUACUGGUUUAUGUGUUGUUGAUGUUACAGCAUACAUAUAUUUCACAUUAUUCACUCCUUUGGUUUACCGAACAUUCCUUGCUGAUUUCUUCAGUGUGUCUCAACCUAGUAUUAUGUUUUCCUAUAAAGCACAAGUCGAUGAUGUUGUUGAGGAUGAUAAUGUUAGUUUACCUCAUCAACUAUCUUGUUCAUCAUUAAAAACAGAUUCUGAUUACAUUUAUCAGAAUAAUUCAUUAUAUGAUAGCACUCAUUUUGAUGCAGCCAAUAUCAACCCUCUCUACAUACAUUCCUUACAAUCACCUGAUAGCUUUAAUGGAUUUGAAGCACCAAGCAUGACAGGAAGUAUAAAUUCAAGUCCUGCACAGCAACAGCAAUAUCAGCAAGUGUCUAUAUCAUCCAAUGCUAAAACAAGCUCCCCCUGAAAAGCAGUCAUAAGGUUUAAUUUAACAUUUUUUGGUACUUUCCUUCAUUUUUGACAAUAAUGUCGCUAGAUUAAAAAUCUUUUCAAACUUUUCAAGUAGUGCAGCAGUUGCUAUAUAAAUGUGUUUGUAAAGGUGUUAAAUUUUAUGAACAUGUUAUUAGAAAUGUAUUGUUAUAAUUUAAAUAUUUUAAUUUUUAUUUAAUUUACCAAAGAAAAAGAAUAGUAAAAACAUUCUUUAUAGUUGACGUAAUAUAAGUUUAAAGCCUGUACAAAGUUUUUCUUUUUCUAAAGAAACUAUUUUUAGCUUUAAACAUAUUUCAAUAUGUGUUUGCAUGAAAUGAAUUGAAUUAGUUAUUUAAUGGCUAGUCAAAUGUUUUAUCUGUGUUAUGUAAGCUUCAGUUGUUGUUUGGAACUUUUUUUUUUCAUUCUUUAAAAAUAUUGUGCAAUAUUGUACAGUAAAUUAUAUACAUAAUUCUAAACUUACAUUCAGUUGAAUGUGCUUUGUAAUUAUUUUUUUCAUAUGUUGCACUAUAUUUAUAACUGAAUAUGAAAAAAAAAAGUCACAUUUAAAUCCACAUUUUUUGCUUGUGAAUGUAUAUGAAUUGAAGUUGUGUGCAAAGAAAACUGAACAAUACAUUUCAAUACACCUAUGUACUAUUUAUGUUGCAUGUUACUGAUUUCACUUUAUUUAAAUAUUUCACAAUGACCUGUUUAGAGAAUGCUAAAUAAAAUGCAAAGUACAGUUCUAUUUGUUGACCUUUUUUGUCAUAUGAAUUUUUUUACUCACACUUUAUUCGUUUUCUUACAUUUCAUUUUGAGACAUGUUUGAUAUGAAAAGACAGCUAAUUUUUUUUAUUUUCUUGAUAAUUAUUAGCAAAAAUAUUUUGACUUUAGAAAGUGUUAAAUCAAUAGUUUUGUUACACUUUUUUGUGAUAUUUAUUGCUAAUAUCUUAUAUGUUCUAUUAAAAUUGUUUCUGUUGUAAUAUUUUAUUUAACUAAAUUUUAUAGGCUACAUAUACAUUUACUGGAUAACCCAAAUCACAUUUAGCAAAGUUGAACCAUCAUGGGACUGGGUGCCCUAAAUGCAUACUUUACAAUUUGAUCCAAGUAUUAAAAAAGAAUCCCCUGUUUUAUAAUAAACUAUUUCAUUAAUGAAAAUUUCUAAUAUAAGUACAUACAUUUUAAGCCAAUAAAACAAAAGAAAAAAUCACAGCUUUAUUGUGUUACAUUUUCAAUUUUGCUUUUUUUGAAAACUCAUGAAGUUUACUUUUUGGAAGAAAAGAAAAAAAUGAAAAAAAUAAAUAAAAUUGGCAUGAGCUAAUUUCAUAGUUGUCAUUUUCUUCUCUUGUAGUUUGUGAAGAAAAAAAUCUUUAUUUUUAUUUAAUUAUAUAUAAAACUAUUAGUAUUCAAUAAUUUUUAUUACUUUAUUGUUUUAAAGAAUUGCUAUUACAAAAGCAAAGAAGUACUUUUUAUAACAUGUUGUUUAUUUCAGUAAUUUUUAAAUUAUAAAAAUUUAUAAAUAGUGUAUUCACUAGUUUCUCUUCAUAGAGGCAAAUAUCAUGAGCCAAUCAGUCCUAUUGUCCAUAAUAUUUUAGACUUUGACUAUCUUGAUUAUUUUCACUUCAUCAAAUCAGAAAAAAAUAGGAAAUAUUUUACAAGUUUAUGUAUAAGUUAAACAAAGACAAAUUGGUGAGGAGCAAGAACUGCUGCAUCUCACCCAGCAAGAUAGCGAAGUAAGGCAAGGGUUUUAUGCCACUGGGCAUAAAGAGGAUAAGUAAUAUAAAAGAUAAAACAUUGCAGAAAUGCAUUUAUUCCUCAAACAAGAUAUUUUACUAGUUCCAUUGUUUUAAAAUGCUGUUGUGUUAAUUACAUUUAAUAGUAAUUUUAAAAGAAAAAUAAAUAGGUAAAUCUAAUAUUAAUGGGUACUUACGUUAAAAGCAUAGAAAAUAAUUACGUUAUAGUAAUUUUUACAGUACUGGGAAAUCAUAUACAUUAAUCAAAAAUGGAAUAAACAAACUUAAAAAAAAUGCAUGUAUUGAAUCAAUGACCAUGUUUAACAUUACGCAAUAAAACAAUAUAUUCUGAAAUUAUGUGAUAUAAGUGUAUAUUUAUGUAAAGCAAAUAAUUAUAAUGUUUUAUUCUUAUCAUUGAAUAUUUUAAAUGGCAUUCCAUUUUCUAUUUGUACUUCAUUAAUAAAUAAUUGUUGAUAUUAAGCUUUUUUUAUGUGGUGUCUUUUUCUUUAUCUGAUAUGUUUGUGAGUUCAAUAUUUCACAUAUUUUUGUUGCACUACUUAAUACGCAAAAGAUAAAUGCUUUUGCAUUUUAUAAUUUUGCUCACAUGGUACGCAUGUAUGUAUAAAAAUUAUGUAUUUUAAAAUUUAGAUGUGUGAUAAAAAUUUUAGAUGUAAAAACUUAUAAAGAAUUAUGUA